GGCGAGCUACAGUAUUCGACUAACUCGAUGACCCUUUACAUAUACGUUCACACAAAGCAAAACCGCCCAUAGCGGAAAGCCUUCUGUUCACCUAUUAUUAGUCUCAUCGUCGGGACGCAAAUUCCUGUCGUUCAAUGAGCGGGGAUGGUCAUGAUCGGGCCCGACACUGGCCACUAUCCGACAGGCUUCGUGCUCGGACAGGCGACAAUGGUCAAGAUUCCGACGGCAGGCAGGCUGAACGAAGACCUCUAUUGUUGCAACAAAGGUCAACCGUCGAAACAGACCCCAUGUACAGCUGCACGGCCAAUCUUCACAAUCACCUACCCGUCUACACGAAUAUCCACAGGAUCCGAAGAGACAUAUCGUCAGUGGUGGAAGACUACCUUAGCUUUGAACAACUUCGUGACGUGAGGCUGAACAUCGCUAUCGUCCGGCCGCUUGUUGACAAGCUAUACGAUCUUGGUGACAUCUCCAUCGUUUACUGCUUGCUCGUCAACCGCGCCCAGUUUCUCCACGAGCAAUCCCAUCUGAACAACCGUCAGAAUGUCAAUUUCAGCCGGGCGACUUUGUGUGAGCUCGUGGCGACUCGUAUCCUGAGACGGUUCAGCGAAGACAACGAUGGGCCGGAGGGCCUCUUGCUUCUAGCCAACAUUCUCGUCGCCGGCUUCGAGCCUUUUCAGAAUGCUCCCGACCACAUCCGGGAGGAGGCUCUGGCCGGCACUGACUGGACUUUCAACAGGACUCUGCCGUCUCUGGAAAUUGCCAUCCUCACCGAGAGCAAGCACUUCCUGAGUGGGACUCCAUGCCAAAAAGUGGUCGAUGCUAUAUACGAGGGAAAGAUCACGUACACUCCCUCUAGCUACAUCGACAUCAUCCCCGACCAUUAUAAGCAGAAACCCAUCUCGCUCUAUAACCCGCGUGAGGGGCCUAUGCUCAAUCAGUACCGCCUCAUGGUACCGAGGACCAGGAACAUUCUUGACGUCAUUUGCUUCGUGAUUCUUCUCUUGUUGUACGUGACCGUCAUGGCCGAGCGCGACCCAGCGCGAGUCGGGCCCAUUGAGGCCUGUUUCGCCGUGUACGCCUUUGGGUGGUCCCUAGACCAGUUUGCCACGAUUCUGGCGCACGGAUGGCGUGUUUACUCCCAAAAUCUCUGGUCGUUCCUGGAUAUCUGCUUCAUUGGUAUUUACUUGGUAUAUGCCUUCUUGCGGCUCCACGGCGCCCGCGUGGGUGGCAUAGCAUCGAAGCAGCAGGCUCUGGAUGUUCUCGCCAUGGGCGCGCCGGUUCUUGUGCCGCGACUAGCUUUUAACCUGCUUUCUGAUAACCUCGUCUUCCUUUCGUUGCGAUCCAUGAUGGCCAACUUCUUUCUACUCACCCUGUUGUCGGCAUGGUGCUUUGCUGGCUUCCUCCUAUCUCUUAUGUGGCUGGGAGAAGGAGCCCACUCGCCUGUUGAUAUCGGCAAAUGGAUGCUUUGGAUAUGGUUUGGACUGGAUGGAACGGGCAUUGGGAAUUCGGCUCGGUUUCACUGGCUACUAGGCCCCAUUCUCAUGGUUGCAUUCGCCUUCCUGGGAAACACCCUCUUCUUGACCAUCCUCGUGUCCAUGCUUUCCAAUACCUUCGGCAAAAUUGCAUCCAACGCCACUGCCGAGAUACAGUUCCGGCGCGCCGUUCUAACGCUCGAGGGGGUUAAAAGCGACGCUGUCUUUUCGUAUCAGCCCCCUUUCAAUAUCUUGGCCGUCUUUCUCUUGGUGCCUCUAAAGUUCGUUGUCAGUCCCCGGUGGUUCCACAAAAUCAACGUAGCCACUGUGCGCUUUGUCAACUUACCGCUGCUGCUUAUCAUCGCCGUGGCAGAGCGACGUAUCCUCUGGCCAGCAGAGUCGGCGAAGAAGCCGGAUUUGCCUGAGAGGAUGUUGACGCGGGUCAGGCAGUGGUUAUGGGUCAACUGGAGGAUCACGGCGCACCGGGAUAUGCGUGCAGUGUUUGAUCUACCGCCACCCGAAUCGGUCGAGCAGGACAUUGCAGUGGACGACGAGCUGACGCAUCACCUGAUACGGCGCCAGUUUGCGUGGCAGCAGACCAGCGAUGCUUCGGCAGAGUCGUUGGCAAAAAAGACACCAACCAGGAGAGACUCGAUGUUUCCCGGCGUUAACCCCCUGUUGCGGGGUUCGUUUACUGGCGACGAUGACGUUCAAGGCAUCCAUGAGAGGAUCGAGGCUGUGGAAGCAUCAAUAGCAAGGGUGGAAUCCAUGCUGGUUCAACUUUGCGGCAGAGAAACAGUCAAGACUGAGAGCGUCGCUGAGGCACAGAGCAGGGACGGCACACAUAUCUGACCGAAUGGUAGGGGCUAUUCGCGACCACAUGGUAUUAAGGAAUCAGUGGAACAACACGUGCGUGUUGACUUCGCUCCUGGAAGCAAACCGGAAGAACGAAUUAUGCUCAGUCUAUGCUGCCAGUGAUUGUACCAGCCACUCCGUCAUUGAAUCCGUCUGCUCGAUAUCAUUAGACUGUUGUAACAGGGUGUCGGCCUUUAGAUGAAAAGGAGGACGCUUGGGGACAUACGGGUAUUUAUUUGCCUUGGGAAUAUCAAGAGACAAACAUAAACGUGUGCCAAGUCAUGCACAUGGGUAACGGAUAAGUUAUAGAUAUCUAGAAUCCUCUGUUUUUGUCUAGUUUUUAUCUCGAGUUACUUGCUCAUAUUCCCAUGGAGUCAUUCCUUGCUACGCAUCUCAUCCACCUCACGUCUUAUAUAUAAUAUGUUGCGCGUCUUUCCCCAUUCCC